AUGGCAGCUCGACUUGUGGACCCUAGCCGUACCAACGUUGGUAUGGCCGCCCCGAACGUGCUCGUCAUCUCCGGCUUCCCCUGGUACACCAGCGAGCUGGCCGUGCACCGCUACCUCACCGAGGUGUACCCCGCUGCGACACCUGCCACCACGCGCCUCUACACCAACCCCACCAACGGUGCUAGUCGGGGUCACUGCUUUGUGGAGUACCACCUGCCCCCUGCCCAAGGAGGCGCACCAUCCGCGUCUCCGUCGUCUAGUGCGAACCACUCGAAUCAAGGCUCGAGCGCCGCGGACCGGGCAGGCAACGACAGCGAAGACGCCGAUGCCCAUCUGCCACCGCUGUUGCGCCAGGUGAAGCGGCGCGUAGAGGAGCAGCCCUACGAGUGCAUCUACUUAAAGGUGCACGCGUAUGUGUUGACGGCGCAGCGGUGGAGCCGAGCUGGGCGGCUGCCGGAGCUGCCGACGGACCCACCAGUCUCUCGCUGGCGUGUGCGCGGCGGGGUGCUGGCGGGCUACGGUGAUGAGGGCUUCUCUGUGCGCUGUGGCAGCGAACUGGGCCUGCCGAAUACGCUGACGGUGGAGGGCUACGACAAACUCGAACGGCUGCGCAAGCGGAUGCGGACGACGUCAGCGAAGCGUGCCUCGGGUCACCAGCCCGCAGCAUGA